UGACAGCGUUUCAACAACAACCAAUCAACCAACUAAAACCCUCCAACAAAAUGUUCAAAUACUUCGCCCUUCUUGCUCUUUUGGCUGUUGCCGCCCAGGCUGCUCCCGGCUAUGUGGCCCACCACAGCCAUGCCUAUGUCCAGCCGGCGGUUUAUGCCGCUCCCGUGGUUCAUUCCUAUGUUGCGGCUCCGGUUGUAAAGACCGUGGUGACCCCAGUUGUUCACACAUAUGCCGUUCCCGCUCCCGUUGUACACACUUAUGCUGCCGUUCCCGUUGUAAAAACUGUUGUCCACCCGGCUCCAUUGUACAAGACUGUGCCACUUGCCUAUGCUGGACAUUAUCAUCAUUAAGUUAAGAUUAGUGUUGUUUUUU